UGUGUGUCAUCCACACAUUGACUCCGCUCCUCUCCGUACUGGAGAAGCGCCCUGUAGCAGGAUAAAGACGACUUACUAUGACCACUGAGAAAACUCCUGGGUCAGAGGUAAAGAAGACAUCAGAAGAUCUAUCUCAGAACAAAGGGGCUGCUGGCAGCAUGCCCGAGUCUUCUUCAGACGCCAAAAUGGCCAGACAGGACCAAGAUGCCAAAAAUCCAGAUGAUCACAAAAGUCCAGAUGACUCAUCAGAGCGAACAACACCAGGGAAGAGCCCCAAAUCCCCACAGAAAUCUUCAAAGCGCUCUAAGACUAUCCCCUUCAAGGUGACACUAAUGGACAGCUCUAACUAUGAAGGUCUCAUUGAGAAAAACUGCAAGGGCCAGGCUUUGAUGGACCUAGUGUGCGAACAUCUGAACCUGUUGGAGAAAGACUACUUUGGUCUGACCUUCAGUGAAUCGGACAGCCAAAAGAACUGGCUCGACCCCUCCAAGGAGAUCAAGAAGCAAAUGAGAACUUCUCCUUGGCAUUUUGCUUUCGCUGUCAAAUUCUACCCCCCGGAUCCCUCUCAGCUCACGGAGGACAUCACCAGGUUCUACUUGUGUCUGCAGCUUCGCGAUGAUAUAUUAUCCGGACGUCUUCCCUGCUCGUUCGUCACUCAUGCUCUGCUAGGCUCCUACACCGUCCAGGCUGAACUCGGAGACUACGACCAGGAUGAGCACGGCUCAGAAUACAUCACUGACUUCCACUUCGCCCCAAACCAGACCCGAGAACUAGAGGAGAGAGUCAUGGAGCUGCAUCGUACCUACAGGGGCAUGACGCCUGCUGAGGCAGAAAUGAACUUUCUGGAGAAUGCCAAGAAGCUGUCUAUGUAUGGGGUCGACUUGCAUCAUGCCAAGGACUCAGAAGGGAUCGAAAUCAUGCUCGGCGUCUGCGCCAACGGCCUGCUGAUAUACCGGGACCGGCUAAGGAUCAACCGCUUUGCCUGGCCCAAGAUCCUGAAGAUCUCAUAUAAGAGGAGCAACUUCUACAUCAAGAUCCGCCCAGGAGAGUACGAACAGUUCGAGAGCACCAUCGGAUUCAAACUGAACAACCACAGAGCUGCAAAGAGGCUGUGGAAGGUGUGCAUCGAACAUCACACGUUCUUCAGAUUAGUCUCUCCAGAGCCUCCGCCCAAGGGAUUUUUAGUCAUGGGCUCUAAGUUCAGGUACAGCGGCCGGACACAGGCCCAGACGCGACAGGCUAGCGCUCUGAUCGAUCGGCCCGCUCCUCACAUCGAGCGCUCCACCAGCAAGAGACAUCUCCUCUCCCGAAGCCUGGACGGAGUAGAAUUCUCCAGACCACUGUCCACAAUGGGGGAACCGCAGGACGCUCUGUCCCAGAAGAGCGAGACACAGUGUUUCUCGGGAGAUGAAGAAGCAGACACCAACCUGAGUCUCGAUCAGGAUCAAGAUGAAUCCAGCAUCACCACUCCCACCCGAAAGAAAGAGAUUAAGGAGAAUGUCCAGCAAACUUUUGAUGCUAAACCUGAGUUGGAAAUGGAGUCUACUCCCCGACACAAACAGGAGUUUCUGGAUAAAUCAGAGGAUGUGCUGCUGAAGCACCAGGCAAGCAUCAAUGAACUGAAGCGAGCCCUGAGGGAGCCCAACAGCAAGCUGGCGAUCCGGGAGAAACGCCUCUCAGCGACCUCCCCAGAUGGCACGCCGGAGAAGAAGGCUGAGGCAAUUGGAGCUGGGGCAAGGGAACCCACUAACAGCUUUUCAGUGGACGACUUCAUCCAGAAGACAUUGGUGACUUCUCCAGAGGGCUCUGAAGAGUGGGUGCUAAUUGAAAAACAGAUUACCUGGCAACAUGACAUUGAUAUGGAAGAGAAAGACAGAAGAAAGACAAAAAGUGUUUCUCCUCCUUUGGUCAUUGAAGCGUCUGUGGAAAAAAAGAUACAUAUUGAGGUGACUGGAGAAGACGGUGAAGAAAUGCAAGUCCAGAUGGACACUUUUCCCUCACCUAGGUUACCACCGAAGGACGGCAUGAGAGACGUCAAAGUCCUGGAGACUUCAAAUGAACCUCAUACUAGUUUUGAGUCCCAAGAAAAAGUGUCUUCAACCUUUGAGGCAAGACAGGAAUGUCCUUCUUACAAACAUCGCAGGGAGAGAAGACCACAGAGUCUAAAUUUGGGAAGGUCCCCAGAAUUUGUAUAUGAGACUAAAACAGAGAAAUCAAACAUAACAGAAAGUGAGGAAUCUGACGAAGACAAUAACACAUCUGGGAAAGACUCGAUGCAAGCCAAGUUCCAUUCAGACACAGAGAACUGGUCAGAAAUGAUGCCUGAAAAGUUAAAGGAACAAAUAAAAGAGGUCUCAGAUGUCACUCCUGGAAAUGCAGUAAAGGAAAAGGAGAUAAACAAAAUCACUGAUACAGAUAACACCAAGGCUAUGUUUGAUGAUGCUCAAGAUCAAGCAGAAAAUCAGCUAAAGAAAGCCUCAGUUGAUGCAAAGAGCUUAAACCUUGAAGGUCAGCAAGAAGGAUCUGACUCUGUAAAUGGUCCUGUAAAAGAUGAGCCUAAACGCAAAUCCGAGAUCAAGUUUGAGGUGACCAAAGUCAUUAUGAUUGACAGCAGUGAAAACGAAGGGGAGCUUGAGAGUAAAAAGCAGAGCAUGGUUGAAUUUACACAUGAGAAGAAAAUCAGUAAUGUUGAACCAGAAGAUGUUGAAGACGUCCAUCAACAAAAGGUACAAAAAAGAACAAGAGUAACAGGCCAUGCUAGAGCAGAAAUAACAAGAAUCGUCCCACUGAAACCAGAAAGAGCCAAAAGUCAAGAGUACAGGGAUGAUAUAAAUUUUGCAGAAGAGCCCGUCUUCAUGAAGAGACACUUCAAAAGGCAUAGCAUGUACGAGUCUUUAGAGAGACAAUUUGACCCAAGGUUUGACUCCAGGGACACUUCAUUCUCCUCCUUCAAACCCACCAGAUCUCAAGACAUGCCAGCUUUGCCCUUAGUGGACCAACAUGUUUUACAAAGCUCAGAACAACAAUCAGCAGUGAACAGUGAAAGGUCACUAAAAACGAAGGCUCCUCAGGAUGAAGAAAUACUCAAGUCCUUUACCAAAGCAGGGUAUGAAGAGUCUGACGAGGGUACUGUGAAGAAAAGUGGUCCGCCAACUCCUCCAGUCAAAACCAGGAAGGCCAGAGAAUCAGGAUUGAUACUUCGCCACAGCCGCAGUGCCAGUAAAGAGCCAGCACUGGAUGCUGCUCUGAAGAAACUCGGGGAACCGCUCUGCACUCCUGCUAUUUAUGAAGAGAUGGUAGAUGAAGUCAAGCGACGGCCACUGUCCUCCUGCGAGGACGAGCAUGACCACGGCAUGGCGGCGGCCCUAAAGGAAACGCAUCUGGGCAUCGAGCGCAAAUGCUCCAGCAUGACGGUCAGCUCUACCUCCAGUCUGGAAGCUGAGGCCGAUUUCACUGCGUUCAUGGACGUUCACGGGGCAGUAGAAGAGUUCACCAGGGGCAGAGGCGAAUUUGGAGAGGCGGAGGAUGGUUUCGGCUUCACCCAGCACAUGGAACCUUAUGAUAAGAUUAUCAUGAAGGAGAGAGUAAAUGAGGAACGUAUGCACCAUGAAGCAGAACCCCCUCCUGUGGCCAAGAAAGACCCCAAUGCUGUGACUGUAGCGCAUAUGCUAAAAAAGGGAGAUGCUAAGGUCGAAUCACAUUCCAAUGGCUCCGGGAUGCCUCACAAUAUCAUGGAUUUCCCAGAUCAGCCAGGGCAUGAGGAGGGUGGUGGUGACAUCAAAUGUCAGGAGACCAUAGUGUCCAAAAAUGAUGUCAUCCAGCCAAAGGAGGUAGAGCUGAGCCCGAGAGACAGCGUAAUAAAGGAAGCUAAAGAGAACGGCUCCCCUCUUAAAGCAAGCAAUACAGGGAGGGAGUUUGUCGUGUCACCUGUUGGCAAUGAAAACGUUACCUCUACAACGACAACGCAAGUCACCAAGACAGUUAAAGGGGGAUAUUCAGAGACACGAAUUGAGAAAAGGAUUAUCAUCACUGGAGAUGAUGCUGUGGACCAACAUCAGGCUCUCGCCUUGGCAAUACAAGAGGCCAAACAGCAGCAUCCUGACAUGCUUGUUACGAAGGCUGUGGUGGUCAGAGAAACCAACUCUGAGGACAAACAAAGGACAUCUGAGUCCUGAUCACAGACUUGUGAAAUCAGAUUAAGAAGAUUCACCUUCAGACAACUGCAAAAGUAAACUACUGAACUGUAUAUACAGUGU